UUAGGAGUCGCUGCUGCGCGGCCGGCAGCGGGAUUCGUCUGGGGAGACGCCGGGACCAAGUGGCAGCGAUUCGGUCAUCUGAGCUGCCGCUGCCGAAAACAGGCCCUCAAAACAGAUAAUAUGCAUUUUCAAGGCUUUUCGCUAUGUUUCGGUCUUCUGUUCAUCUCAGUUAAUGCAGAAUUUAUGGAUGAUGGUGUUGAGAUGGAAGACUUUGAUAAAAAUUCAGAAGAGAUUAAUGUUAAUGAAGGUGAACUUUCCUCAGAGAUUAAAUAUAAGACACCAAAACCUAUAGGAGAAGUAUAUUUUGCAGAAACGUUUGAUAGUGGAAUGUUGGCUGGGUGGGUCUUAUCAAAAGCGAAGAAAGAUGACAUGGAUGAAGAAAUUUCUCUAUAUGAUGGAAGAUGGGAAAUAGAAGAGUUGAAAGAAAACCAGGUACCUGGUGACCGAGGACUGGUAUUGAAAUCUAGAGCAAAGCAUCACGCAAUAUCUGCUAUAUUAGCAAAACCCUUUAUUUUUGCUGAUAAACCUUUGAUAGUUCAAUAUGAAGUAAAUUUUCAAGAUGGUAUUGAUUGUGGAGGUGCAUACAUUAAGCUCCUAGCAGACACUGAUGAUUUGAUUCUGGAAAACUUUUAUGAUAAAACAUCCUAUACUAUUAUGUUUGGACCAGAUAAAUGUGGAGAAGAUUAUAAACUUCAUUUUAUCUUCAGACAUAAACAUCCCAAAACUGGAGUUUUUGAAGAGAAACAUGCCAAACCUCCAGAUGUAGACCUUAAAACAUUCUUUACAGACAGGAAGACUCAUCUUUACACCCUUGUGAUGAAUCCAGAUAAUACAUUCGAGGUAUUAAUUGAUCAAAUAGUUGUAAACAAAGGAAGCCUGCUAGAGGAUGUAGUUCCUCCCAUCAAUCCUCCCAAAGAAAUUGAUGAUCCCAAUGAUAAAAAACCUGAUGAGUGGGAUGAAAGAGCAAAAAUCCCUGAUUCUUCUGCCGUCAAACCAGAGGAUUGGGAUGAGAGUGAACCUGCUGAAAUAGAAGAUUUAAGUGUUACUAAACCUGAUGGCUGGCUUGAUGAUGAACCAAAAUUUAUCCCAGAUCCUACUGCUGAAAAACCUGAUGACUGGAAUGAGGACAUGGAUGGAGAAUGGGAGGCACCUCGUAUUCCUAAUCCAGCAUGUCAAGUUGGGUGUGGAGAAUGGAAACCUCCCAUGAUAGACAACCCAAAAUACAAAGGAGUGUGGAAACCUCCAAUGAUUGAUAACCCUAACUACCAGGGAAUCUGGAGUCCUCGAAAAAUUCCUAAUCCAGAUUACUUUGAAGAUGACAGUCCAUUUCUUCUGGCUUCUUUCUGUGCUCUUGGGUUAGAACUUUGGUCUAUGACGUCUAAUAUCUACUUUGAUAAUUUUAUUAUCUGCUCAGAAAAAGAAGUCGCAGAUCACUGGGCUACAGAUGGUUGGGGAUGGAAAAUAAUGAUAGCAAGUGCUAAUGAGCCUGGUGUAUUUAAACGGUUAAUGGCUGCUGCUCAAGAACGCCCAUGGCUUUGGUUGAUUUAUCUUGUGACAGCAGGGCUGCCAAUAGCACUAAUCACUUCAUUCUGUUGGCCAAGAAAGAAAACAUAUGAAAACACAGAGUAUAAAAGAACUGACAUAUGUAAACCACAAACAAAGGGAGCACUAGAACAAGAAGUGAAGGAAGAGAAAGCAGCCCCAGAGAAGCCGAUAGACUUAGAAGAGGAAAAAAAGCAAAGUGAUGGUGAAAUUCUUGAAAAAGAAGAGGAAGGUGAACCUGAGGAAAAGAGUGAAGAAGAAGCUGAAAUCAUAGAAGCUCAAGAAGAAGGUAAUAAAUCAAAUAAGUCUGGAUCAGAGGAUGAGAUGAAAGAAGCAGAUGAGAGUGCAGGAUCUGGAGAUGGGCCAAUAAAGUCAGUACGCAAAAGGAGAGUACGAAAGGACUGAACUGUUCUCAAGUAUUUGUGUUUCCUGAGAAAGAUAUUUGGCAUUCUAAAGUCAGUGUGCCAGAACUGAACUUGAAUCAACCUGCACUUCUGUUUCUAAUAUCUAGCAACGUUAUUCUUUCAGCGUUUAUUUUAGUCUUUCUUUUCAGGGAAGGAAAAAGUAACUUUAAAGUUGCCUGGUCUUUGAAUUUAAAAUAAAAGUGGCAUGUUACAUAUCAGAUUUAAGAGAUUAUUAUCCUUAGAAGUUAAACAGUUUAGAAGUUUGGAGAUAGUUUUGAUUUGUACAGAGCAAAAUAACAUGUAGAAGCUUCACUGCUAUUGAAAAAAUCAGUUAUUGGAAUUCCCACUUUAAAUGGCUCUACUGCAGUAUAACUGGCAGUUCUAUAAUAAAAACGAGAGUGUGUUCUAUUGUGCAGAGCUAAAUGAAAUAAAGUUUCUGUAUGGUUGUUUGAUUCUA